CUCACAUGAUUAACUCUAUACGUCAAUUGCACAAAUGUGCUUGGCGGUCAAAAGCCCAAAUUAUAAUUCGAGUAGAAAUCCCAAUCCAAGGGCGAUUUAGAAAAACUCACUUAUAAAUUCUUUCUCAAACUUCACAAAUUCUCAUUACAAUCAGUUUCCUCACCUUUCAAUUUCAGUUUCGCUCUGCGUGUGUUGUAUCUUCGAUCGAUCACAACAAUGUCGAGCGCAAAGAAGAUCGUGUUGUUGAGUUCCGAUGGGGAGAAAUUCGAGGUAGACGAAGCGGUAGCACGGCAGGCUCAGGUCUUGAAGAACAUGAUAGAGGACGGUUGCGCCGAUGAUGUGAUUCCUUUACCCGUCGCGAAAGCCAAGACACUCGCUCUGGUAUUCCAGUAUUGCAAAAAGCAUGUGGAAGACAAGGAUGCGAAGGAAGAACUCGAUUCGUUCGACGCCGAGUUCAUGAAGAUUGACACCACCACUCUGUAUCAUCUAAUUACGACUGCAAAUUACCUGGAAGUUAAGGGCUUGAUGGAAUUGUGCUGUCAAACUGUUGCGAAUUCGAUCAAGGGAAAGUCGGUGGAGGCGAUGCGCGAGAUGUUUCACAUCAGGAAUAGCGAUUUCACUCCCGAGGAAGAAGAGGAAAUUCGGAACACGAAUCCAUGGGCAUUCGAUUGAUUAUAUUCUCAUUGUUUUCUCUUCGUGUCGGGCCUAUCAAGCCCAUUCUGUAUUUUAACGGGCCAAUGGAGUGACCUGG